AUGGUGUCCGCUUCGCCUCUGGCCGAGAACCAUGACUCUCGGGCCAUUGAUGUCUUGGUUCCGACUAUUCUCACCACGGUAGUGGCGUUCAUUCUCACUGGCUUACGACUCUAUGUGCGCCGAUUUGUGAUGCGAAUGUUUGGAUGGGAUGAUGUGUUCAAUGUUCUUGCGCUGUUGUGUGCGAUUGUGGUGAUGGGCCUGGUCGUCGCAUCAACCAAAUAUGGCCUCGGGCGGCAUUUCUUGUCCCUCGAUCCUGUUCGAGCGGCCUACUGCGUGAAGCUUUUGCGCAUCUCCGAGUUCUUUUUGAUCUUCUCGACGAUCUUCCUGAAGAUCUCGAUCAGCCUGUUCUUGAAACGACUUUUACUGGAAGCUACGCUGGGCGUCAUUGCUGCAGCUGCGCCGUCCGUUCGUCCGCUGAUCGGCCACAAUUCCAUGUCGACCGAAUACUCCCGAUCCAAGUCGCGCCAAAUCUCGCAAUCCUUACCCCUCCAUUCGAUGCGCACUGGCCGCAGCUCUCGCCACGGAGUGAUCGAUAGUAUGUUGGAUACCAUGGACGACCGAGGAAAGGAGUCGGACGGAGAUAGCCAAUCUCAUCUAUGGGCCGCUCCGGACGAACAUGGUAUCAUGAAGACUAUGUCGGUGGAAGUGGUUACAACCCAAGGGCAGGGAUCGGACGGCGAGCCUCCAACACCCACCAAUUGGCCCCUCGAAGCACUUCCGACCAACGGGACCCGAAGGGCACCCUCGCCACACAGUCCACGUGUUGAGGAACAUAGGCAAGUAUGA